AUGAGGCCCUGGCAAGAAAGGGCACUGAAGCGGGGGCGAACGCCCCUGCCAGAAAGCCCUGGCCAGAGGCCAUGGCUCCUCCAAGAAGUCUCUGAGCGUUACUCUGUAGAUCGUGAGAUUUCAGGUGCUGCUCAACAACCCGAUCAGGCCGACGUUCCUGUAUCAAACCCGGCCCCAGCAAAUGAGAGUAGAGACUUGUCAUACCGAUUCUGGGAGGAGUCUGAAUUGCGUCGCUUGAUAGAAAUGAGAUCUGGCGGGGCACAAUGGAGCGCCAUUGCGCAAGCUUUUCCUCAGCGCACUUUAGAGGCGCUCAAACAAACCUACCAUAAGCGUCGACAUGCGAUGGAACAAAAGAUCGAGGAUGAGAAAGUCGGUGACAAAGCGGCAGAGAAGUAG